GUUGUAUCCCCACCAAACCCAAACCGAACCGUUCUUUGCACUUUCGCAUUCGCAGAUCGAACCCUCUUCGACCAAAUAUUUGACACAAGUUACCUUUGCCUGUAUUGCUUUCUUGCGCGUAGCCCCCUGAAGCUAUCUCCGACGCGCGCCCGUGUCCUUCGCCGGAGCUUGCCAUAUGAAUGGUCAAACCCCGAUGGGGCUCGCCGCAGCAGCAGCCGCAGCAGUGAGGCCGUGCCGCCGCCGCCUCCUCUCGUCCGCCUCCGCUGCCGCGGCGUCAAAGACGGCGGCGCGCACCGCGACCCCGCUAUUUCCCAGAUUGCCCCACCCGCACCACCCCCCGUACGGCCGGCGCCUCCCCUUCCUCGUCUCCGCGGCGUCGCAGUCGCAGGCCUCGCAGACCGGCCCGGACACCCAUGUACUGGUCCCCGUCCCCUCCGACCCCCGCGCCGCCGUUUCAGGCAACCUCCCUUUCUUCGACCGCGUCCUCUUCCCGGACUCGUUCCCGCUUGAGACCCCGCCUGUCAAGGAGGAGGACGCGGCGGCGGCACAGACCGAUGAGGCGGUCGCGCCGGCCGCGCCCUUGAGGCAGGAGACGGAGACGGAGAGGGAAGCGUGGAGGCUGCUGCGGAGGGCGGUCGUUAGCUACUGCGGCGAGCCCGUGGGGACGGUGGCGGCAGAGGACCCCGAGUGCACGGAGACGCUCAACUACGACCAGGUCUUCAUCAGAGACUUCGUGCCCUCCGCGCUCGCCUUCCUCAUGCGCGGCGAGACCGAGAUCGUCCGCAACUUCCUCCUCCACACCCUGCAGCUUCAGAGCUGGGAGAAAACUGUUGAUUGUUACAGCCCUGGGCAAGGAUUGAUGCCUGCUAGCUUCAAGAUUAGAACCCUACCACUUGAUGAGAACAAUGAAGGAUUUGAGGAGGUUUUGGACCCUGACUUUGGUGAGGCAGCCAUUGGCCGUGUAGCUCCUGUGGAUUCUGGACUGUGGUGGAUUAUUUUGUUGAGAGCUUACAGCAAGAUUACUGGGGACAGUGCUUUGCUAGAAAGAGUUGAUGUGCAGACAGGAAUUCAAUUGAUACUGAGUUUGUGUUUGGCUGAUGGGUUUGACAUGUUCCCAACAUUACUAGUUACAGAUGGAUCAUGCAUGAUAGACAGGAGGAUGGGAAUACAUGGGCAUCCUCUUGAAAUCCAAGCUUUAUUCUACUCUGCUUUACGAUGCUCACGAGAAAUGCUUGUCGUGAAUGAUGGAUCGAAAAACCUCAUCCGUGCCAUUAAUAACAGGCUCAGUGCAUUGUCCUUUCACAUCAGAGAAUAUUACUGGGUUGACAUGAAGAAAAUAAAUGAGAUAUACAGAUACAAGACAGAAGAAUACUCACAUGAUGCCACUAACAAAUUCAACAUUUACCCUGAGCAAAUCCCUUCCUGGCUUGUUGACUGGAUUCCUGAGAAAGGAGGUUACCUUAUAGGGAAUCUGCAGCCAGCUCACAUGGAUUUUAGGUUCUUCUCUCUUGGUAACCUUUGGGCUAUAGCUUCGUCUCUAACUACUCCAAAACAAGCUGAGGGAAUCCUUAGCCUUAUCGAAGAAAAGUGGGAUGAUCUUAUAGCAAACAUGCCCCUCAAGAUAUGCUACCCUGCAAUGGAAGAUGAUGAAUGGCGCAUUAUUACUGGCAGUGAUCCUAAGAAUACCCCAUGGUCAUAUCAUAAUGGUGGAUCUUGGCCCACCCUAUUAUGGCAGUUCAUACUGGCGUGCAUAAAAAUGGGUAGACCAGAAUUGGCCCGGAGGGCCAUUACUGUGGCCGAGGAGAGACUGUCAGAUGACAAGUGGCCGGAAUACUACGACACUCGAUCUGGGAGGUUCAUUGGGAAGCAAUCCCGAUCUUAUCAGACAUGGACUAUUGCUGGUUUUCUGACCUCAAAAAUGUUGCUGGAGAACCCAGAGCUGGCUUCUAUUCUGACCUGUGAUGAGGACCUUGAGCUGCUCGAAGGCUGUGCUUGCUGCCUGUCCAAGAAGAGGACAAGGUGCUCACGGCGAGCGGCCAAGUCACAUGCUGCGUGAAACUGUGAAGCUUAUGUUGUUUUUUAUACUGUUGAUGCACAAUGUGUACUACCAACGGAGAAUUAACCAAGACAGACUCUUCAGAGAUACAUUAGUAUAGGUUUAUGUUAGAUACCCAUCCAUUCAUUUCCUAGGUGGUUGCUCAUUCUUUUUUGCUGAGCUACCACUGAUGGGAACUACCCUGGGUGAUACCGGUGGUUGAAAGAACAGAGCAAAACAUAUUUGAAGUUUGUGCUCUCUUGUUGAAGCCCUAACCAUUGUAUGUCUUGUUGGUACUUGAAAGUAAUAUGUUGUGUCAUUUGCAAACCAAACUGUGACACUGUAUCAUGUUCGUAUCAUAUUAUGGUUACACCUUUGUUG